CAGAAGUCAAGAGCCUCUUGGCCUUGGCUUUUAUUCCGAGGCAACUUGACUCCCCGAGUCACUCGCACAAAUAUCCUCCCCGCCCUCCCCACGACUCACAAUGUCGACGUUCACGGGUCGCCUCAAAGUGAAGAUCUGCGAGGCCAAGGAGCUACAGCUCACGGAGAGGAUGAAGCGAUACGUGGGCGUCCCGGGGGUCAAAUCCCCCCAGGAGCUGACCCUCGACCCCUACCUCAUCCUCGAGAUCAACGAGCGACAGAUGCACAAAACUUUGCCCAAACAGAAGACAUUCAGCCCUGUAUGGAAUGAAGUAUACGAGGACGUGGUGGUGGGGGGCACGGUGCUGGGGUUCAAGGUGUAUAAUAGACUGUAUUUCCCCUCACACAGCCCAAACAGAAGACAUUCAGCCCUGUAUGGAAUGAAGUAUACGAGGACGUGGUGGUGGGGGGCACGGUGCUGGGGUUCAAGGUGUAUAAUAGACUGUAUUUCCCCUCACACAGGGCCUGAGAACAAGGCUGACUUCUGGCUGGAGCUGGAGCCGUUUGGGUCGCUCCAUGUGUACAUGGAGUGGGUGAGCACGGAGGAGGGGUCGGGGGGCACGCCCCAGGUGGGGGUCCGACCCCUGCGGGAGUUCAAGGGGUUCGACCGACGCAGGGGCGCCAUGCGGCGACGGGUGCACCAGGUGUGCACGUGUGUGGUCCACAAACGCUGCCAUGAUCUUGUGGUCACGCGCUGUCCCGGCAACUUCAAGGAGAACAGGGACCACAAAGUGGACCCCAGACCCGGCACCACCAAGGGUCAACAGCGGUUCCAGAUCAACGUGCCGCACAGGUUCGCGGUGCACAACUACAAGCGCUUCACCUUCUGCGACCACUGCGGCAGCCUGCUGUACGGCCUCAUCAAGCAGGGCCUGCAGUGUCAGGGUGAGGGGUAUGUGAGGUAUGGUGAGUGGGGGCUUGAUAGGGUAAUGAGUGGGGUCCAAAGCUGGCAGCAGUACUCCAAGCAGCUGGCCGAGCUCAUGGCCGCCAUGGGCAUACGGCAGCCUGCCCAGGACUGGACCACACGGACGGUCUCUACGCGCCCCCACGAUGCCACGUCGACGACGGGGGGCGGCGUGGGGGGCGGGGGAGUGCCCUCUGAGGGGGGCGCUGACGCCUGCGCCUCAGUGGGGGAGGGGCCUGAGCGACAGCCGCUCUCUCCCCCCUGCGAGGGGGAGCGCGUGGGGCUGCAGGACUUCGUCUUCCUCAAGGUCCUGGGGAAGGGCAGCUUCGGGAAGGUUCUCCUCGCUGAGAAGAAGGGCACCGAUGAAGUCUACGCCGUCAAGGUGCUGAAGAAGGACGUGAUCCUGCAGGACGACGACGUGGAGUGCACCAUGACAGAGCGGCGCGUCCUGGCUCUGGCAGCACGACACCCCUUCCUGACGGCGCUCUACUGCGCCUUCCAGACCCAGGUACUGCCAGACCUCUGCCAGACCCAGGUACUGCCAGACCUACGGUGCUGUACUGCGCCUUCCAGACCCAGGUACUGCCAGACCCAGGUACUGCCUGGUACUACCAGACCCAGGUACUGCCAGACUCUGCCAGACCCAGGUACUGUCAGACCUNACGUACAGGUGGGCAUGUGGUGGAUUUGUGGGCAUGUGAUGGAUGGGUGGGCUGAUGAGGCUGGGGAGAGGAUGUGGGCUGGUGAGGCGGGGGAUGGACAAAUGGGUACGUACAGGGACCUCAAGCUGGACAACAUCCUGCUGGACGCUGAGGGCCACUGUAAGAUCGCCGACUUCGGGAUGUGCAAGGAGAACAUCAGGGGUGAGGGGUGCACCACCACCACCUUCUGCGGCACCCCGGACUACAUAGCGCCCGAGAUCCUGCAGGAGCUGGACUACGGGGCGAGCGUGGACUGGUGGGCGCUGGGUGUCCUCAUGUACGAGAUGAUGGCCGGCCAGCCGCCCUUUGAGGCGGACAACGAGGACGACCUCUUCGAGUCCAUCCUGCACGACGAUGUCCUCUACCCCGUCUGGCUCAGCAAGGAGGCCGUGUCCAUCCUCAAGGGGUUCAUGACCAAGAACCCGGCCCGCCGCCUGGGGUGCGUGGCGGGGGCGGGGGAGGCCGGGGGGGAGGCCGCCAUCCGCGCCCACAAGUUCUUCAAGGACCUCGACUGGGAGGCGCUAGAGGCGCGCCGCCUUAAACCGCCCUUCACGCCUAAAAUAGUGAGUACUGCGCCUUUAGAGGCGCUAGAGGCGUGCCGCCUUAAGCCGCCCUUCACGCCUAAAAUAAUGUGUAUAAGAGACAGGUCUACGUGCGGUCUGGGAAGGUCUACGUGCGGUCUAGGACGGUCUACGUGCGGUCUAGGACGGUCUACGUGCGGUCUGGGACCGGUCUAUGUGCGGUCUACGUGCGGUCUAGGACGGUCUACGUGCGGUCUGGGACCGGUCUAUGUGCGGUCUAGGACGGUCUACGUGCGGUCUGGGAUGCUGUGCUGUAUCUCUGG